AUGUCACUCGAGCAGUUGAUCAAGUCGCCCGUCUCACAGGUCAGUGACGAUCUGAUCAAGUAUGUCUACGCCAACAAUCAGUUGAUGUUCUCUCGAUCAAGUCUAUUGAUUGCCGCUGUGGCCAGUGGUCGAGUGGAAGUGUACAAACUACUAAAGUGCCAGAAGAAGCCAGUGUCAUUCGAUGACAUUCUCAAGCGACAAGAGAACAGCCGCGUGGACUACCUGCUGAUCGCUAUGGAGUAUGGGCGAUUGGCGAUGUUUGAGUAUCUUUUGCAACGACAGAACAAACAUGACUGGGAUCAGAGGGUCGCCACGCAGAAGGAGACACAUCAGUAUGGCGUACCGAUCAGUCAGAACGUUGACAUUGAUUGGAAGGACGUGGCCAGUAUGAUCAGGCUAUUGAUGCCCUUCAUUGAACAACAUAAUCAACGUGGUGCCACUGGAUCCACUACCAAGAUGCUCAUCAGAGACUAUUUUGAGCACUCUUUCUACGUCUUGCUCAAGUGUCAAGACGUUGAACUCGCGAGACAGGCUAUCAAUCACAUCGACUUUGACCUGGCCCAAUUCAAGAUGUACUGUGAUGAGGUUUUCAGGCCGACUGUUGCCGCACCACUCGACCCUGACGUAGACGUCGAGCCCGACCCACUCUUGGAUAUAUUGUACCGUGACUCAAGUUGUGAUACUCCCACAUCAGAUGACCAUAUCAGACAAUCAUUCAAGCAUCUUCUCGACAUAUUGGUGGUCUAUGGAAAGCAGAGUUGGAUUGAUAAGUCACAGGCACUCGCUCAAUCAUAUCGUUCGAUGUUUGAUCAGCCACAUACUCAUGAUCAGAUGGACAUUAUCUUGAAGACAUUGAUCAAAAAUGAUGGAUUGGCUACAAUAUGCACAUAUGGUACUGUUGAGAUGUUGGAGCGUGCACACUAUUUGAUCAAUCUACCAGAGUGUGAUCAUCCAGUAUCACAUCACCCUCAGUUGGUCGUCUAUCCAAAGUCAUCAGACAUCACAAGAUACAUCAAACUUCAUCGUCUAUUCAAUCUUUCAAAGACCGACACGUUGUAUCAUUGCGCAGCAAUGGGUGACUUGGACUCGAUCAAGUUCUACCUGGACACGUACCCAAUUCAAUCAGCAUUAGAUCAUUCUGUAAAUGAUGAGCCAAGGUAUCGCAUGAUAACAUCACAAUCAUUCGACAAAGUAAUGGACAUUCAAUCAAUGUUGUAUCCCAAGUUUGAUCAUCUAUCUGAAGGUGACAACAGACUAAGGAUGCUCGAUUGCCUUGAUGGAUGUACCAGCGCACUCACGCUGUCACAUGUCAAGAUGUACAGCGAUGAGGCAUUGCAGUACAUGAAGUUCUGUCCAAGACCUGGACAUGGAGUGAUUGAUCAAGAGGUCAUCAAACAUCUACUUGGAAUUAAUAUUGACAAACCAAUGUUCAAUGCUCUGCUAUUAUAUGUCUUUGGAAAUGGAUUGAAGGACAUCAUAUUGUGGAUGGAGGAUAGUUAUCCAGAUGCAUUGGACAGGAUACUUGAGACUGCAUUCGAGGUCGCGCCACUACUACACAAGGCAUUCAUCAAUGGUCACUAUCACAUCACUGAUUAUAUAUUGGGAAAGUAUUAUUCAGACUAUGAUGAGAGGACCUGGACAUGGAUUGGACUACAAAGUGACCUAUUCUACAUCAAGAAGAUAUUCACAACUCGUUAUCCAACUGGUGAUAUAAUGUUGAUAAUAAUCAGGUCGGCAUGCUCAGUUGGAAACGAUCAAGUGUUCAACUAUUUGAUGUCCAACUACAAUAUCAAGUUUGGUGACUUUAUCAAUGAUCGUGCUAAUAGAUGUCUGUUCUUGGACAGAGUGGAUAUGUUGGAGACCUUGGUCAAACAUUAUGCAGUGGAGAUGGAGGACUCUAUGGACGAUCCAAUCACCACGAUCAAACAUUCAAUCAUCAAGUUUGCUCAGACCCGCCAAGAAAUAGACUGUCCACUCUGUAUGAACUACCUUCUCGAUGGAAUGGAUAGCAAGAAGGCCCUCCCAUUCGUCAAGCAUAUCCCAUUGGUUAGGCACUAUCGUGGUAUGACCGCGACUGGAAGACAAUAA